AUGACCUGCUCUGCCUCAGUUUUCAUCCCACUCAGCGGAGUAUGCUUCCUUCCGCCCUCUCCAGUCGUUCUCACUUUGAACUUCACCUUCAGCUACAAGUAUACGAUAGCCCUGGUUAUCAUAUUAUUCUACCUUGUACGAUUCUCCUUGAAACUUUGCGCCUUUUCCCUGAUCCGAAAUGCCGUCCUCGCCAGCAGAUUCAUGUUAUUCUCUUGGUCCACCAAGAAAACUUUGAAGAAUUUGGAGAUUCUGGAGGCUAUAAUUUACGCGGUGGAUAGCGUUCUCGCUUUUUUCCUCUAUUACGUGAUGUUGGAUUGGGAGCAAGAUGACGUCAUUAAUCGGGCAAUAUCGAUCGAACCUCGAUUGACUGAGAUAUUUCUGGAGACUUCUGCCUACUUCACCAUGUACAAAAGGGCGGCUUUAUUUUCGCCAGUGGAAUCGGCGAGUGCGAUUCUAGCGGCACUGAUUCUGACAUCCUAUCUUCUCAGUUUGUAUGUUUUCUUUACUGUUUUCAAAACUGGCUUUGAAAAAAAAAAGCCCCAUGCGGCAGUUGAAGUGCGCUCCAUGGCUAAAACAAAAUUUUUGAGAAGAAAUGUUUUCAUGCAAAGUUCUUUCAGAUCAUUCAUGGGCCGCAUUUCAAAUGAUUGUUUUUUAGACUUGUUCCUUAAAAAAAAUUUCAAGAUAAUUGUGAAAAAUAAAAGUGAAAUAUUUUUUCAGAACUCGAAAAAUCAAUUUUUCAAUUUCGACGGCCAUGAAAAACCUUCAACGAAAACUGCUUUGCAUUGAAUUUGGGACCAUCUUCGCCUUCUUUUUCUGUGUCGUCGUUCCACUGACUGUUGUCUUUUUUUCACCCAUGAUGCCGUACAGGAUGAUUGCGGCAAGGUGAGCGAUUUUAGAAAUGUUUGUGGUCGCACGCGGAAUGGCUCGGUUGUCAAGUUGCGGCCGACUCAAACCGAUUUGCGCGCAUGAGCAUCAAAAAUCAUUGAAAACGCUCAAUGUCUAGCCUCAACCGCGACGCUUGAGCCAUUCUUUUUCAAUUUUUCAAAUAAAGUGAUAAAAAAAGCCUGUUUUAUAUAUAUUUUUUUUAAAUAUUAAUUAAAGUAUGAUUUGACAAUUUUUCAGCACUGCAAUCCUGCUAUUUAUCUGCCUAUCGACUCAAUCUCUGUGUUUAGUUAUUUGUACCUUAUACCUGACAAUGAUCACACCUUACCGAAAAGCCUUAAUCAACCUUUUCGACAGGAGAAAAAGAACUGGAAGAAUCAACUCGGUGCACAACCAAAAUACUCAAGUUUUAUACGUGAACGUAUAAAUAAUUUGAUUUUUCUCAGUUCUAGAAAGCAUUCAAUUUCACUCUAACCUGCGAAUUUGGGAAUAAAAUUCAAUGAAUGAGGAAGCGAAAACAAGCCAAAGAACGGGGAAAAUGUGUCGGAUACCAAGAUUUUUUCAAAUUUUUCGUUUCUUUUUUUUUGGUUUUGUUGAGAAACUGACUAAUGAGUACAUUUUAAUUGACUUUCUCACGGGUUCAGUCACACGAAAAUUGAAAGAAUUACGGCAUUUCUUAAAAUUUGGAAGUGAUUGAGGUUUUAGAAUGAUUAGGUUAUGAGGCUGUUCGAAGGUUUUUGUAAAAAUUUUAAAGGUGCAUGGCUUAAUUUUUUUAAAGGUUUCGAGAUGAAGAAUCGUUUUCAGUGUUAGUUUUGACUUAUUUUUUUAUUUGGACCUGUUUUUUUAAUUUUUUUAAUCUUCUUUUAAAUUUUUUUAAUUCUUCAGAUCUCCAAACCCUAGAAAAAGGAUUACAAACAGAAUUUUUCUCAAUUUUUUUAAUCUUUUAAUCUUUCCGAAGGGAAUUUGAAGAUUUUAAAAAAACGAAUAGAGUUAUUUUUAUUUUUUAUCAACUUUUCGCGUGACCUUCUCUUGCUUAUUCCAAGAAUUAUUUGGCUUAAGAUGACGAAUCAAUGUUUUUUUUGCGUCUGAUAUUUUGUUCGUAUUAGUUUUCACUCCGAUGAACAUCGUCCCCAUUCACCAGAUAUUAGAAAAGACAAGGAACUAAGUAAAAUUUGCGUCGGAAUAUUCGUUUUUGCAUCAUUUGAUGGGCUUUUUCGACGAAUAUUUGGCUGAUUUUAAUAUUUCCGAGUUCGCUCCAGAGCUCUACGACUUGUAUUAUUAUAAUAAAAGGUGGGUUUUUGCAAUUUCAUUUUGUGCAAAGCUGACCCUUUCAAAAGUUUUUUUGCAUGUUUUUUAAAUGUCACAUUUAAGCCGAUACACCUACACAAUUUACGUCAGUUUGACCUACGCCGGUUUGAUUCUUAUCGUGGCUUCGUUAACCAUAUCCAUCAUCCUGAACUGUUCCACCAACAUGCUGAGCAUCUACAAGUUCCUGCUCCUGGCUCAAGUUCUGAUGAGCUGUGCCAUCUCAAUCUGCAGUCCAAUCAGUGGCCUGACCUUAUUGGUGCCCACCCCGAUGGUCGUCUCCUACAACUUCGGCUUCGAUAACAAAUAUUCCAUCGGAAUGACCAUAUUCAUAGCCUAUCUACUUCGGAUCUCCCUGUCCCUCUGCUCUUUCACGAUUAUUCGGAAUGGAAUGGUCGCUACCCGAUUCGCGAUUUCAACAUGGAGUCCAGAAGACACUGCGAGAUACGUGGAACGUUUCGAAACCGUGUAUUAUUUCGUCGAGAAGUUUAUUUAUUUCUAUCCAAUGUACAAAAUGAUGGUCUGGGAGCAGGAUGAAUUUCUCAACACCGCUUUGAAUGUCGACCAAAGACUUGUGGAAGUUUUUCGAGAAAGUUCGACUUAUUUCGCCAUUCACCGACGGUUCAGCCUUUUAGCGGCUUUUCAGUCUGUUGUGAUUAAUUUUGGUUCAUUUUCCUUCGCCGCUUAUCUUGUCAAACUGUGAGUUUUCGAAUUUCAAAUUUUUGAAGGUAAAAGAAAGAAAUGAGCUUCUGAAGAGACUCCAGAGAACGAGGGAAUGACUCCACUUCUCUGGCGUCUCUUCAGACUUCCGCUGAUCUCUCAUUUCGGUUUCCAAAGCCCUAUUAUCAUAGAGCUCAGAACUCUACUUUUCUUGAGAAUUAUUUCUCAUAAAGUCUCAAAAGUUGUAUCUUUCUGGAAAGAAAUUUCAUAUUUUCAGGAUGCGAAGCACGAUUUUUUUCUCGUCCCCACAUAGGAAAUCUCUUCAGAGAAAGCUGAUGUACAUCCAACUCGGAACGAUAAUGGCGUUCAUUUUUUGUGCGUUUGUUCCUGUUUUGAGCUCUUUCGUUUUGCCAUUGCUGCCCUGGCGGAUUCCUCAAUGGUGA